GCUGCACAUCGCCGAUUAAACAGAAGAAGAAGCUGAACGCGGGCGGAGUUGAUGACGUAGGGCGAGGGAAAUCCAAAACAGAGUGCAGGUCCUCUCAGGGAAAUCUAGUGUGAAGUAAAAAAAACGUGAAGUAGAGUUGUAAACGUGGUUGUGGACGACAAUUGCCAGAGAAAAGACUCGUUCCCGUUGACUCCAUUCUCCGCUCCGCAGAAUGCAGAGGGCUUCCCGUUUGAAGCGUGAACUUCAGAUGCUGAGCACCGAGCCACCUCCGGGAAUAACGUGCUGGCAGACCGAGGAACGGGUAGACGACCUGCAGGCACAGAUAGUGGGUGGAACAGGGACCCCAUAUGAAGGUGGACUCUUCUCCUUAGAGAUCAAGGUCCCCGAGAGGUACCCAUUUGAGCCUCCCAAAAUGCGAUUCUUGACCCCCGUCUACCACCCAAACAUUGACAAUUCGGGACGUAUCUGCCAUGAUGCCCUCAAACUCCCGCCAAAGGGUGCCUGGAGGCCAUCCCUAAAUAUCUCUACAGUCCUCACCUCCAUUCAGCUGCUCAUGGCUGAGCCCAAUCCAGAUGACCCACUCAUGGCCGAUAUAUCAUCAGAGUUCAAAUACAACAAACAGCUGUUCAAGGAGAAGGCCAGGAAGUGGACACAAGAACACGCUGUUCAGAAGAACACGGGAGUCGUGGAGACCAACAAAGAAAAUACUCCGGAUCAGAAAGCUUCAUGUCGCAAAAGAGAGGCACAGCAGGAGGCAGAGGAACCAGCAAAAAAAACCUGUGUGUAGUUUCUAUCUUGCUUAUUAGAGCCAAAGGUCUCUAUUCCCCAGAGACACCAUGCCUUAUACAAGGCACCUACUUUUUAAUUUAGUGCUUAUACUGUACCUACUUCCUUUUUCUAUGUACGCAUUCCUCAUCUUAAUCCAGAAAUGCCCACAUAUUUAUAUGUACAAUUAUAAUGUUUCUGUUGUGAUAUUAAAGUUUAUUUUAAACACUAAUUGAUUAAAUUAAUUUAUGUAUUACGUACAAUACUUUGACUUGCGUGAUGUGAAGGAGUGUUUCACAGUAGUAGCAGAAGCACAGUGGUUGAUGGUUUAUACAGUAUGAAGAUAAUCAUUUUAUUCAAACAUAUGCUUACCAGUUGUAUACAAAGUAUGUACAUCCUAAAUAGCAAGUUUAUUUUACUAAGGAUUUAUUUUUUUAUAUAAAAUUAUAUAUUUGCUGUUUAUCAUAUAAAAGGAGAGACAGACAUCAUAAGGCUGUAGUGAGUCAAUACCAUGCUAGUUCAGAGGUAGUUACAUUGUACAUAUCGCUAGCCUACUGUAAUGUCUGUAGAAAGAUAGCUAGAUCCCAUUAAGUCUGUAUAACUGCUUGCUGAUGGUUGGGCUAAUUUGCACAUUUGAGACAAAAUCAUGUAAACUGUUUGAAACUGUGUGAUCGGUUACCUGUUGCAUUUUUUUGCUAGAUAAA